CAGUCGCGUCGCGGGCAGGCGAGCGAUCAGUAGUGAACGGGUUCGCGAGCGGUGAGGUUGCGCGCGUGUGUGUGUGUGCGGGGUGUGCAGCGCGCGUAAAUAGAGAGGGCGAAAUAGUGAACCCCUUCUCCUCCUCCUCCUCCUGCUUGCCUGCCUGCCUGCCUGCCUGCCCGCCUGCCUACCUGCCUACCUGCCUGCCUAUUUACCUGCUUGCACCACCUCCACCCCGACCGGCGUUGUGGGGGCGAGAAAAAGAAAAACACACAACACAGACUCUCGUCGCCUCAGCAUGCAACCUCCACCGAGAAAAGGGAACUUCGCAAAAUUCCUGAAGAAUGUGCAUACAGAGCAAGCGGCAAAGUUGCAGGCGAAAAACCAACACGAAUGCGACCUUCUGGAGGACAUACGUAAUUUCACAAUAAAAAAGUCCGCUAUUGAGAAAUCUUAUUCCGAGGCGCUGCUCAAAAUAUCGUCCGCGUAUUUGAACAAAAAGAUACCCAACAUUCCGGACCUUAAAGUCGAUGGAGCCGAAGAAAAAUGGAACAUGUGGAACGUAUGGCGAACAGUGCUCGAGGAAAACGAGAAACUGGCACGCGCGCGCCUCGCCGCCGUCGAGGUCUUCCAGCAGCAGAUCGCUGAUGACGCCAAGAGCCUCAAGAUACAUAAGAUGCAAAUUUCCAAAAAGGCAAUCGACCAAUUACUAAUAGUACAAAAGGAGCUGCAGACCUGCGUGCAGGACGUGGACAAAACUAAGAAAUUCUACUUUGACGAAGAACACAGUGCACACGAUGUACGCGACAAAGCAAAGGACAUCGAGGAGAAAUUGAAGAAGAAGAAAGGCUCCUUCUUCCAGUCGAUAACGUCACUGCAGAAGAACAGCGCCAAGGUAAGCUCGAAACGAGACGCCCUGGAGGAGAAGUCCACCGGAGCGCGCAACGAUUACAUGCUCAGCCUCGCCGCCGCAAACGCCCACCAGAACCGCUACUUUGUGAUCGACCUUCAGAGCACUAUGCAGUACCUGGAGCAAGGAGUUUAUGACAAGGUGGCAGAGUACUUGACUCUCAUGGGUCGUACGGAACUGCUCACAUGCGUGGCCACGCAGAAUAGCUUUGGCAAAAUACGUGACCAAGCGCAGCAGCUUACCAGAGAAUACAAUAUUCAGUGUUGUUGUUUAUACUACCCAGUCUUAAAGCAACACAUCCAGUAUGAAUUCGAGCCGUGUGAUCAUGACCCGGUAGAAAGGAUAACCGCCGAUCACGCGGCGGCAUCCGCUCUGGGCAAAGAGGCACGUCGCUGGUCGACGAGAAUCGCCCGCGAAGUCAGCAGCAUUCGCGAGAACAACCGAAAGAUACAGGCGAUGCUACAACUUAGAGAGGCCGGCCAAAAGACUGAUCCGAAUGAUCCUAAUGGUCCAGAUUUAGAAACUAAGAUCGAUGAGUUGAAGCAUGCUAUUCGACGCGCAGAGACUGCAAAACUUAAAGCAGAAGCAAGGAUAGAGUGUCUCCGACACGGUGGAGUGAACGUGGACGAAUUCUUGCAAGAGGCCGAGACGCUCAGUGUUCAGGACAUGCCGCGUUCGGCCAGUUCCUUAUCUGUUAGAACAGACGCAUCUGGUGCCGCGGAGCAUCCGUCCUCAGAUUCAUUCUACGACAGCGAUGGUGAUGGCGGCAGCGACCUGACAACCGUUGAACGCCCUGGAAGCGGAAGGAACGUUCCACAGCAGGAGGAGGAAGUUGCCACUGAUGAGAGACAGAGGCACGACAGCGCCGAGGUAGAUGCAUUAUUGGAGCAAGAGAAACAACGAAUAGAAGAGUUGACGGCAGGUUGGGACGAUCCCACGGCGGUGGACUGGGACAACGAAGAGAAGGAGGAACAAGAGACGCGCGGGACGCCGGAAAUGAUCUCCAGCCAGCCCACCUACAAGUGCACUGCUCUCUAUUCAUAUACAGCGCAAAAUCCAGACGAACUGUCGAUUGUGGAGAGUGAACAGCUGGAUGUAGUCGGAGAGGGCGAUGGUGAUGGUUGGUUGAAGGCGCGCAAUUAUCGAGGCGAAGAAGGUUUCGUGCCGCAGAACUAUUUGGACGUGGAACGUGAGCCGGAAGGACCAACCUCCGGCGGUCUUACUUCACAAGGCCCGGUGGGCCUAGUCCAGCAGAUUUCCUUCUCGUCCGUCGAUUACACCAUCGACGAUCACGACGCCGUUGAUCCUGACGCGAGUCUGCACAACGCCAUCGCUGCCGACACCAUUGUACAAAAUCACAUCGGAGAGGUGGAGCAGUAUUGCAUCGCGCUAUACGACUACGAUGCGACUUGCGACGAAGAGCUGAGCUUCCUCGAAGGCGACAUCGUCCGGGUGUUGCAUAAGGAGCCGCACGAAGUGGAUGACGGUUGGUGGGAAGGAGAACUACGGGACCAGCGAGGUCUCUUCCCGUCUCUUAUCGUGGAACCUUGCGGACACGAUGGUGCUCCUCUGACUCCACAGGACGAUGUAACACCACCGAGUUCCGCACCUCCUGUCUUCACUCCGCCGGAAGUGCCAGAGUUUUUGUUAGCCGAUGAACUCACUCAGAUCGAUGAAUCGCAAGAAGAGAAGCCGAUGGUGAAUGGUGAGAGCGGUUUUGUGAUAAACUUAUCCAAGGACCAAAAGGACCAUUACGGCUCGCAGUUCGAGGAUAUACCGGAGGCGCCCGGUAUAUUAGUCGUGGAGAUAUCAGAUGAGUCGGGCGAUAAGGCGGAAAAGACAGAAGACUCCAAAGUCGGUGAAACUGAUGCGGAACAGGACGAAUUCGGCCUGGGAGUGGCACAAAUCGUCAUAACAGCGGCUACACCAAUGGAGGAUGUCGAGCAUCCAUUCCCGGGUGCCGAGGAGGCCCCGGAAGACCCGGUGAAAUCCACCGAGAGUUCUGAGGCCGACCAGGAGGCUUCCAGCGUCGCUUCGGAUCCCAACGAGAGCGAGUGCAAGGAAGAGGAGGAAGCCACCGUGAUUCUAGACGAGAAGGAGGGCGAUGAAGGGGAAGAGAAGUCUACGAUCGACGAGCUUCCAGCGGAUUCCGCACCGUUCCCGAUCAGCAGUAGUUCCGGUAGCGAGGCGGACUCUACCGCCUCUGGUCCUAGCACGAACGAAAACUCUCAGUCGCGUGGAACGGUAGUGGAGGUGACGGAGGAGGGCGAGGCGGAGGAGGAGGGAGAGGAGAUGCCGGUAGGCGGGAAGAUGCUGGUUGGUGGACGAGCCAGCAUCCCUGACGAGCUGCAGCCGGACCAGCUGGAGAAACUACAGAGCUUGAAAGAGUCGAAUGCCUAGGGUCCCAGCUGACCGGGCCGCGGCAGCGGGCCCGGCAGGCUCCUCGCCCUGCCCCAAGGCCACCCCGACCACUUCCGCCACCUGCUGGACUUCUGGCGCGCACCGGACGUCCUCGCCAGAAAGGACUAAGGACUUCUCUAGAACAAAGAAAAGACUCUGAGACUGACGAGAAGCACACUGAUCAGUGACAGAGAUGAAGACGAUCAUUCUUGUGGCUGUCCCGUCUCCGGAGAGUAGCUUUCUUAGCGUCCAAUACAGGAAUAAUCGCGCUUGCGACUGCCCCUCUUUGGAGUAAGGGAUGUUAAUAGGAAUCCAGAAGAAACGUGAAUUAGUUAGUGUUCAGAGUAAAGAUCGUCGAGUUCGAAUCAAUCCUGAGGCGACACGCGUUAGGUCUGGAAGAGGGCUCGUUGAAACUGUCAGGAUCGACAGAAAAACUAUAGAGUAAAAGGGGUUGAUACACGAGACGAUCUAUCGGAUGGACAUUCAACAUUGCGAUAAUCUGUUGUCGAGUUGCAAAGCUAUCUAUUAGGUAGAUCACCACGUUAAUCUAUUUAUCUAGCACAAUAAUAAUUGAUUUCAACGAGAAGCGAGAGGAUUAAGUGUACCCGAGGCCGGGACAGCCGCAACGAGUGGAUAACACAAUAUUCAUGGUCACCAAGAGAUUCUAUGCGAGACUUUAUAUAACGUCGCAUCGAGACUUAAAGGAUUCAACAGGCGACAGCGGUUUGACCCGUUCUCCUCGAGAUCUCAUGAAAAACGAUUAACUAAAUUUUCUCAAUUUCGAGAUCAAAGUCUCGUAAAUCCUCGGGGAAACGGCUCGGGCCACUGUCGGUGCAUCAGAUCUUUUAUUUCUAUGUCGACCUAUUAAUAUAAAAAAAAACUUGAAAAUGCAGGAUCGUCGACUGUCCUGUUAAUUGGGAUAGUUAAUCUCGGGUCGGUUGAAGACCUAUCUAGCGAAUUUGACGAUGGAGGGAGAACGAGCGAUUGUAGGAAACGAUGUACAGUGCGAAUAUGUACGGAAGAGAGAAUUGUCGAUACCUGUCGAUACUAGAAGGCUGUAAAGCGACGACGACACCUGCACAACGGUCGUCGGUGUAUAUUUCAAAAGAAUUACACUGGUGUUGCAUGUAAAAAAGCAAA